AAUUAAAGCAUUUUCUUGAUUAUCUUCACAGGUAAAAAUUUUUAGAAUGAUUCUAAGCAGCAAAUUUCGGAGGACUUUCUUAGUUUUCCUGUGCUUCACGGGUGCCGUGCUGUUAGUGUUUUUUAUGAUCAGUACACAAUAUUUAACCAUAACCAGCAUGAAUCUUUAUAGAGAAGUGCGUAGUCAUUUACCUUUAGUAUCUCCUGUCACGAUAAUUAGUCAAAACGUCACGAACUAUCAAACGACUGAAGUACCUUCUCCAAAGACUGAAAAAUCUGUGGUCAAUAUUAGCGAAAAUUUAGUAUCGGAGGAAUCACUUAAACAGAUUAUAACUGGAAUUUAUGAGCCAUGCUUCGAUUUUCAUAUUAACAAACCUACCGCGUGUAAUGGAAUGAAAGCACCUGUUGCUCUAAUUGUUAUAUCUGCUGUCACGAAAAGAUCUGCAAGAAAUGCUAUUAGGGCAACGUGGGGUGGAUACGCUACUAAACUUGGAUUUCCUGUAUUGUUUUUAUUAGGAGGUACGCCAUACCCUCAUCAGCAGCUCACUAUUGACAAGGAGGAUGCAUUCUUCCAAGAUAUAAUCCAAGAAAAGUGCUUGGAUACAUAUCGCAAUAUGACACUUAAAACUGUCACUUUAAUGAAGUGGGUGGCAGAACACUGCUUUANAUAUACAUAUUUUGAUCAGGCAACAUUUAGAAGAAAAGCCUUAGCAUUCUAUGGACGAAUUCUGCAAAAUUUAGUUCAGUAG